CCGUCAGCAUUACGUCAGGGCUCACCGGCGUAGCGAGACGUCCGCUCCCUCGUUCCGCACUAUCUACACGCACGUUUACCGGGCCUCGUUCUCCCUCGCUCUGUCAUGGAAAAUAAAUCUCUAAAGGAGACGGAGAGGAGCUGCGUUCUCUGCUGCCAGGAUGUGGACAUCUUCGCCGUGGGGAAGUGCGACCACCCGGUGUGCUACCAGUGCUCCACCAAGAUGCGGGUGCUCUGCGACCAGAAGUACUGCGCCGUGUGCCGCGAGGAGCUCGACAAGGUGAUUUUCAUCAAGAAACUUCAACCAUUUGCUACAAUAGACUCCGAGCAGUUCCAGUGUGAGAAAAAGUAUGACAUUUAUUUCACCAAUGGCAAGAUCUAUGCACAGUUCAGGAAGAUCCUGCAGUCUGAAUGUCCACAAUGUCCAGAACCAAAAGUGUUUUCUAAAUUUGAAGAGUUGGAACAACAUAUGAGGAAGCAACAUGAGCUGUUUUGCUGCAAAUUGUGUGCUAAACACCUGAAGAUUUUCACCCAUGAGAGGAAGUGGUAUAGCCGCAAAGACUUGGCUCGACAUCGAACUCAGGGGGACCCUGAUGAUACCUCUCACCGCGGUCACCCUCUCUGUAAAUUCUGCGAUGACCGUUACCUAGAUAAUGAUGAACUGCUGAAACACCUGCGCCGAGAUCACUAUUUCUGCCACUUUUGUGAUUCUGAUGGAGCACAGGAGUACUACAGUGACUAUCCGUACCUGCGUGAUCAUUUCCGCGAGAGUCACUACCUGUGCGAAGAAGGCCGCUGUAGUACAGAGCAGUUCACCCAUGCUUUCCGCACAGAGAUUGACUACAAAGCUCAUAAGGCAGCUGCCCACAGCAAGAGCCGAGCUGAAGCCAGACAGAACCGUCACAUAGAGCUGCAGUUUAACUACACCCCACGACACCAACGAAGGACCGAUGGUAUUGGAGGGGAGGACUAUGAAGAAGUGGAUCGCUUUAACCGGCAGGCGAGAGCAGGAAGGGGUGCGUCUCGGAUGACCCACCAGAACAGGAGAGUGAGCUGGAGAUACAACAGGGAGGAGGAGGACCGGGAAGUUGCAGCUGCAGUUCGCGCUUCCAUAGCCGCCUCCCGACAGGAAGAGAGGAGGCAGGCCCUGGAACGAGAAAUCCCAAAGGCACGCAGGGAAGAGAAAAUGGAGAUGGAUGAUGACCGAAAUCUAGGGAGUGCAGCCAAGCCAACUGAAGUUCUAACCCCCAGGGAUACAGGGCGAUCUUUUGGUGUAACGGAAUCAAUAAAGGGCGAAGAUUUCCCAGUUUUGGGGGCUACAUCAGCGGAUACACCACUACCACCCUUGGCGAGCAUGAUCAAAUCUGCCCCUGUGAAACUGGAAGAAGCUGAUUUCCCCAGCCUGUCCAGUGCAACCUUGUCCACCCCCAUGACUCCAGCAUACAGUGUUCAGUCCUGGAAUCCCUCUUCCUUUCAGGAGGAAGAUUUUCCGGCUCUCGUCUCCAAAAUCAGACCCCAGAAGCCAGUGGGCAACACUUUGUCCGCUUGGUCUCAGUGUGGCAACAAAAAUACGGCACAGGCCACCAAAGCAGGACCAAGACCUGUGCCUCCCUCCAACACCUCUGCAAGCCACCUUCUAGCCUCGGUCUCCCAGUACAAAAAGAAGUCCACUCAAGGAAAUGGUGCUAAAGCACCUUCCAGGAUCAGGACCGCAUCUUCCGAGGAGGAAGAAGAGUCUGGCAAGACGGUCCAGGACAUCCGCAGUGUGCCUACCAUGCUGGACAUUUCAUCGCUGCUGACGAGUAAGGGCUUACCAUCGGGCCCCAAGGUGAGCAAGAGGAAGAAACAGCCCACCGCCGCUAUGUCCAGUACAUGGCCAACUGCCGGGGAGGUCAGCGUGGCCCAAAAAGAGAAUGUUCCAGAGGCUAGCUUGCCCCCUGUGCAAAACAGUCCCAAACCGACUGCAACCCCUAAGUCAAACCUUCUCUUUAAUGGGAACACGAACAAGCCACUGGAGAACCCAGCUGUGGUUUCCAAAGAGCCGCCUGGACUGCAAAAGCAAGCCGACUGUAACCCUUGUCUGCUUCCCGGGGAGGAGGAGUUCCCUGCGUUGAUACCGAGAAAACCUCCUCCAGGGUUUAAAAAUACGUUCCCAGUGAAAGCGACCCAGAACGGCCUUCCCCCUCCGCCCCCUGGGUUGGUGGGCCCUCCUAGCAAGCCACCACCUGGAUUCACCGGUGUCCCUCUGAAUGCAAACAUUGGACCUGCGCUCUUUACAGCUACUGAGACAGCAGCACCACCACCAAGGACCUACCUCAAACCAGAGAAGUUCCAGGAGAGAAAUAUGGACCUGAUACAAUCAAUAAAAAAUUUUCUUCAGAAUGAUGAAUCCAAGUUCAAUGAAUUCAAGACUUACUCAGUACAGUUCCGACAGGGAGUGAUCUCAGCUGCCCAGUACCACAAGAGCUGCCAAGAGCUACUGGGCGAUAAUUUCAGGAGGAUCUUCAAUGAGCUUCUGGUGCUCCUGCCAGACACGGCGAAGCAGCAGGAGCUCCUUGCCGCCCAUGGGGACUUGAAGGCUUUGGAGAAACAGGCCGGCAGCAAGCCCAAGAAGAACAAAAAGAAUGCGUGGCAGAGCAGCUCCACCAACAGCAGCCUGGAGCUCGACUGUCUGAUCUGUCCGGCCUGUAGCCAGGUCCUGGCCCAGAAGGACUUCGCUGCCCACAAAACUUUGCACAUGGCAGAUGAUGACUUCCCAUCUCUGCAGGCCAUCAGCAAGAUCAUCAGCUAACCUCUGCAAGGCUACCGCACUCAGAUUCUGGCUGGGUCCAGGGAUGUCUGUACUGUAGGGGAAUGUGCUUUCUCGCAGGAAAUGGGUCU